AUGAGUGCCGACUUUCCCCUCGGCUUCCUCUACAGCCUUCCACCACGCCCAAAGACUCGCUCGCUCGGCGACCACAUUGCAGAGCACGUAACCGACAAUGGAAGGAUAUCCACCCUCAUCGACUGUCUUCCCUCCACCUCCAAUCCAGCCCUCUGGUCCCCCGACCUCUCUCGCCCGCCGCUCGAGCAUCGUCACAUCAAGUCGUUCGUCUCCAACUUCAUCCUCCCCUCACGCAAGCCCCUCGGCCCCAAUGACCGCGUCAUGAUGGCCCUCCCAACAGGGCCCGAAAACGCCCUCGCCCUCCUCUCCGUCGCCGCCUACCACACCUGUGCUCCCGUCAACGCCAGCUGCACCGCAGGCGAGCUCCGCGACGACGCCGUCCGUCUUCGCGCACGCGCCAUCGUCACCACGCGCGACGCCGUAGAGCGCCUUGGCCUCCACACCCUCCGAGACCAGGACAACAUGGAAGUCAUCUUUGUAGAACCACGCACAUCGGGCCCCGCCGGCCUCUUCGACAUGUCGCUCCUCGGCGAGAACGGCGUCGCAUCCACCGCAGGCCGUCGUCCUUCGGCGCCUCACAACCUCGAACACCAGAGUCUCGUCCUCCACACCUCCGGAACCUCGGGCAAGAAAAAGGUCGUUCCCUACUCGCUCCGCCAUCUCAUCGUCGGCACCUGCUGUGUCGUAUACUCGUGGGACCUGCGUCCAGAGAGUGUCAACAUGAACAUGAUGCCUCUCUUCCACGUCGGCGGCAUCGUAAGAAACCUCUGGUCGCCCGUAUUCUCCGCUGGAAGCGCCAUCAUGUGCGCCGGCUUCGACGCAAACGCCUGGUGGCCCCUCGCAAAGCAGCUCGGCGCAACAUGGUACUACGCCGCUCCCACCAUGCAUCACGCCAUCCUCGCCUCCAAGCCCGAAGGCGUCGAUGCCGCCAAGGAGACCAGCAUCAAGAUGAUCGCCAACGCCGCAGGCGGUCUCCUCCCCUCGCUCGCCGAACAGCUCAAGGAGACCUUCGCCGGGUGUGCCGUGCUGCCCUCGUACGGAAUGACUGAGUGCAUGCCCAUCGCAUCACCGCCCACAAACUACCAGCUCGACCGUCCCGGCUGCUCGGGUGUAGCCUGCGGUCCCGAUCUCUCCAUCCGCGAUCCCUUCGACAAGGAGCGGGAGCUCCCCGUCGGUCAGACCGGCGCCGUCUCGGUGCGCGGUCUGCCCACCUUCUCCGGCUACGAAGUUUCGGCCGAUCCCUUCGAACCUCUCGACACCUCCUCCUUCUCCAGCGAGGGCUGGUUCGACUCGGGCGACAUGGGACACAUGGACGCCGACGGCUACCUCUACAUCACCGGUCGUUCCAAGGAGAUCAUCAACAAGGGCGGCGAGGUCGUCUCGCCCUUCGAGGUCGAAGAGGCAAUCACACAGGCGUGCUCCGAUCGCGUAAAGCAGUGCCUCGCCUUUUCCAUCGAGCACAACGUCCUCCAGGAGACCAUCGGUAUUGUCAUUGUCCCCGUGCCGAACCAGCCUCGCGUCGGUCUGGCCGAAUUGCACAACAUGCUCCGCUCUCAUCUGCAUCCUUCCAAAUGGCCAUUCGCUGCCGUCUACAUGGACGACCUCCCCAAGAACCAGGCGGGCAAGCCGCUCCGCAUCAAGCUUGGAACCCGUCUCGGCAUCGGUCCGCUCUCGGACGACGUUCCGCCCCUCCAGCGUCACUUCGAGGCCAAGGCGCCGGGCAAGGAGGUGCCGCUGUCCGAGCCCAUCCCCUGCAACCUUGUCAGCGUCGAUGUGCGCGCCGUCGAGCGAGCCUGCUACCGCAUCCCAGGUAUCAUUGAGGCCGCCGUCCGCCAACGCCGCGACGGCGCUCCCGAGGCCUUUAUCCAGGUCGAGGAAGACGCCGACUACGACGCAGCCGACAUCGACCGUGCGCUGGCGCAGGUUCUGCACGGCUACGUCGUCCCCAACCCGCUUCACGUCUUCCGCCAGCCGCUCGCCAAGAACAACGGUCAGAUCGACUUUGACACCAUGGAGGCCGAGGUGCGAAGGCAGAACGCCUCGAGCAUGACCCGAACCGCUCUCAUCGUGCGCGACAUCAUCGCCAAGCUCCUCGACACCGAGGCAGGCUCCAUCACCGCCGAAUCCGAUUUCUUCCUGCUCGGAGGAAACAGUUUGUUGCUCGGCCGACUGGUCCACCUCAUCCGCAAAGAAACGGGCGUCUCGCUCGAGGUCUCGACGCUCUUCAACAACUCGACCGUGGCAGGCAUCGCCGACCUCGUUGAUGACGAGCAGGGCGACGAGGACGAAGAGGACGACGACUUCUACGACGGCUUCGACGACAAGGGCGCGCUCGGCGCCACGUACGCAGCCCACCGCUACGAUGACGACGAGGACGUCGCCUUCUCCAAUCAUGGCUACAAGCCGCGCAGCCAGACGCAUCCCUGGGUGCUCUUCAUCCAGUCGAUCCCCUUCCUCUUCUUCUACCCGCUCAAGGCCGCCUGGACGUGGACCGUCAUUCUGCACGGCCUCGCCUUCUCGGCCUUCUACAUCCGCGACAUCUUCUGGGAGCGCGUGGGUGCGCUGCUCGCCUCCAUCAUCGUAGCUCGUCUCACCAGUCGUAUCAUUUGCCCCAUCACCGCCAUCGCCUUCAAGUGGAUCGUCAUCGGCAGGUACCGCCCGGGCAAGUACCCGAUGUGGUGCAACUACCACCUCCGAUGGUGGAUCGUCAACCAGUCUCUCAAGACUGCCGGCAAGGGUCUUUUUGCCAUGACUCCGGGUCUGCAAAAGACCUACUACCGUCUGCUCGGCAUGUCGAUCGGCUCGGACGUCAAGAUCGACCAGUUCGCCAAGAUCGCCGAGUACGACCUCAUCACCAUCCACGACGGCGCGCGCAUCGACAAGUGUCUGCUGCGCGGCUUCUGCGUGGAGCGCGACGGCUACUUCCGACUCGAGCCCAUCAUCGUCGGUCGCGACUGCGUCAUCAACACCUUUACGCAGAUCUCGCCUGGUGCUAGGCUCGCCGACGGUACGGUGUGGGGCCCGCAGUCUUCGUCGCACGAGGAGCCAUCGUCGGAUGCUUACGCCGCCUACAACCGCAACAACGCACCUCAGCCUCACUGGGCGCUCAUGGUGCUCAUUGGCUACCCGAUCAUCUUCUUUGUCCGAUUCGCGUGCUACGUGCCGUGGUUCGCAUCGCUCUUCAUGCUGCUGUCGCAGCCGUUCGCCUUUGACCACCACGACAGCGUCAAGGGCGUGAUCGCCUGGUUCGCCUAUCCGCGCCGAAUCGGAUGGCACUACGUCGCGCGUAUCGUGCGAAACGGCAUGCCGCCGCUGAUCAACCUGGCGUUCGGCAUUCUGGUGAAGCGACUGCUCGGUCUCAACCGCGAAGGCUCGAUGCGCAACGCGACGCAGUAUGCACUCUUCCGUCGAUGGAUGAACCAGCAGCUGCUCUCGCAGCCCCGCGUGCGCCGCGCACUCGCCAUCCUGGGCACGCACUACGAGAUGACGUCGGUGAUCUUCCGUGCCAUGGGAGCGCGCGUGGGCAAGCGAGUCUACUGGCCCGGUUCGAGCAUCUACUGCCCGGACCCGGAGCUGCUCGAGAUUGGCGACGAUGUUGUGUUUGGCUCGCGUUCGGAGGUGUUCACUUCGGACAGUAUCGGAUGGGCGCGCGUGCGCGUGGGCCGCGGUGCGAUGAUUGCGGAUCGAGUGGUGCUGCUGCCGGGCACGAUCAUUGGCAAGCAGUGCGUCAUGGGCUCUGGAGCGCUCGCACGCCGCAACGGCCACUACGAGGAGGGCAGUGUGUGGAUGGGCGCCAAGCACGGCGAGGCCGUCAGCUUCGGAAAGGCGGUGGCCGAGAAGAGCGAGGGCGGCUUGGGCAGCAACGGCGACGACGAAACCAUCACGCCGUUCGGUCGCGCGUUCUACCGGCGCCAGGCCAACUUCUUCGUGUUCCCCUACCUGCUGCUGGUGGUCAUCAACGUUGGCAUGACCAUCUUUUCGUCGGCGUACUGGGCGUCGGCGGCGGUGGGCACGGUGCUGGUGCUCAACAUGCUGCGCAAGCACUUUGAGUACUCGUCGGCGGGCUUCCUGUUUGACGACCACUGGUGGCGACCGGGGCUGAUCUACGCGAUGAUCGCGGUGCUAUUCGUGGUGAUGCUGACGAUCCAGGCGAUCCUGGCGUUUGCGUGGACGAUCGCCACCAAGUGGGCUGUGAUCGGACGCCGACGCGAGGGACGCUACGACUGGGACAAGUCGUCGUACUGCCAGCGAUGGCAGCUGCACCUCACGCUGCAGAAGCUGCUGGGACGCGGCUUUGGCGGCCACAUCUACGGCAACAUUUCGGGCACGGCGUUUGCGGUGUGGUAUCUGCGUGCGCUCGGCGCCAAGAUCGGCAAGGACUGUGCGAUCUGGGCGGGAGGCAAGCCGUCGCUGCAGCUGACCGAGCCGGAGCUGGUGUCGAUGGGCGACCGGGUGAGCAUCGACGACUGCUCGGUGGUGGCGCACAUCAACUCGCGCGGGCGGUUCAGCCUGAACAAGCUGCGCAUUGGCGAUGGAUGUGCGAUGCGGUCGGGGAGCCGUCUGCUGUCGGGCGCGAGCAUGGAGCCGCGCUCGAUGCUGCUCGAGCACACGCUGGUGGCGUCGGGCGAGAUCGCCGAGGCGGGCGCCGUGUAUGCGGGCUGGCCAGCACGCCAGCUGCGUGUGCGCAAGGCGCAUCGCGGCAACGGCGUGCACGGCGAGAUGUCGGCAGGCAGCAGCACGACCAACCUGCAUCAGCAAGUGCCGCCUCCAGGGUACUAUGGCCAGUAG